AUGUUGACGAGUGAUUCAUCAAAUUCAAUUCCUACUGAUCUCAACUUCAAAACAUCUUUGCCUCCAAGAAAGAGAGCAAAGACUAAAGAAGAGAAAGAACAACGUAGAGUUGAAAGAAUUCUUCGUAAUAGAAGAGCUGCUCAUGCUUCACGUGAGAAGAAGAGAAAGCAUGUUGAAUACCUUGAAUCUUAUGUACUUAAAUUAGAAGCUAAUUUACAAUCUUUAACUACUAAUUUUAAUCUGGUCUCUGGUUUAUUAUCAUCUGAUCAAUUAAGUUCAAUUAAAUUAAUUGAUUUACAAGAUGUCGAAGAUUUAAAACAAAAGAUUCACCAAAAUUUAAAUAGUUCGGCUGCUUCUUUUACUGCUGGUAAUGGUUCAUCUUCGAAAAGAAAAAUUGAUGAUGAUGACGAAGAAGAAUUAGAUGAUGACUUAGAUGAAGAAGAAUCAACUAAUAAUACAACUAGUUCUGCUACUCCUGUACCUACUACUGUAAAAAGUGAAGAUACUACUUCUGCAAAAAUAACACCAUCCCCUCAAUUCCAAUAUAAGAAAAUAAAACUUGAAUCUCAAGAACCAGAAUUAUCCCAAGGAUUAAUUCAACCAAAUGAAAAUAUAAAUAAUACUUAUUAUAAUUAUUUAAGUCCAGUAUCUAUGAAUUCUCCAAUGAAUUCUCCAAUUGACUUAACCUUAUCUAAACAAUAUCAACAACAAUAUCAAUUACUCAACCUUGAUUCUAAUGUUCCUUCAUUGACUUCUGCUUAUGAAAUGGGGCAAAAUUCAGAAGUAAUUUUGUCCGCAUUGUCAAACUACUGUCCUUCAGUUAUUAUCGUGUGA